AUGGCCGCCCGGGUCAUAUCGGGGUUCUAUCAGCUAACGCUUAUAUUACAUUUAUUCUUAUUUAUUAAUUUUAAUAAUGGUGAAAAUAGUUAUGAAAAUUCAAGAACACUAUAUGUCACCGAUAAUGACCAAUCAUUACGCCAAAAAAGGUCUUUUAUUAUCGACAAAAAUGAUUAUUUUGGUGAUGAUAAUGAUGAUGAGACUUUGGGACGAUUUCGCCGAGAUGUACCGCAAACUCCAACACCAUCAGGAUUUUCCAAUUCGUCAUCUAAUAUUACAGUCAAGUUAAACUUCUUAGAUGACCCACACCAGCAGUUGAUGGUCCAUUGGGUUGGAGAAAAAUCAAAUGUAAUAAUUUGCUUGGCGAGAGAUAACACAAACCCACGUGAUAAACCAACGCAAAAAUUAAAUCCUAGCUCUGUUUACAUCAGCUACGACUACGGUGAUACCUUUGAAAAUAAAUCAGAAUUAUUUAAAAUAAAUUCAAUUCCUGUUGAAUAUGCUACGCUUGAUAAAUUUUACAAUCAUCCAAAAUUUAAUACCUAUUGUGUAUUUGCGGAUAGCGCGAAUAGCGUUAUAUUUACAACAAACAACAAUGGUAAAACAAUUAAUAAAUCCAGUGUACCAUUCCAUCCAAGCGAAAUUCUAUUUUACGAAGAUAAUCCGCUGUAUUUUUUGGCCCUGGAUAAAAUUGAUCCGAGACGGACAUUGUGGAUGACAAGUGACUUGGGUAAAACAUGGUUACGUAUUCACGAGUCAGUAAAAGCAUUUUACUGGUCUAAUUCCAGUCCUAAAACAAUUAUAAUCGUACGCGAUGAAUUUAAAGGCAGCACGGUAGUAGAAUUAGAUCUUACAUUCGAUCAAAACCAGAGGCGAGAUUUAAGAUCAGUACUUAUAAAGAAUGUCGAAGACUUCCAGAUAAGAGGCGAUUAUAUGUUCGCUACUAAGAAAUCUGUUGUAGAUCCGUCAGCUAAUGAAACAGCUCAGUCACUGGACUUGUAUGUUUCUUUUAAAAAUCAAACAUUCGUCAUGGCGCAUUUUGACACAGAACUGGAAAGAAAACAAUAUCAUAUCGCAGAUGUUUCCAAUAAUAGAAUAUUUGUUGCAGUUGCUCAUACCGAUACACUUAUAAAUCUUUAUAUUUCAGAGGUUGUUGACCACACAAUGGCCAGAUUUAUAUUAUCGCUAAAAGGAAUUUUCACACAUUUCCCAAAUAGUACAUGGAAAGGCAGCUGGGUGAAUGAACUUGCCGAGGAAGCUUUCACUGAUCUAUAUAAAGUUGAGGGCUUACGAGGUAUUUAUAUCGUGUCACACAUCAAAGAAAACUUUAAAGGUAACUCUGUUGGACCGGAAUAUCUGGAAUCUUUGAUAACUUUUGAUCACGGUGUUACCUGGAAUAAAAUAAAACCACCAGAGAAUGUUAAACAUGAGAACGUACCGGAUUCAACUUGGUCAUUGCAUUUGAGUCAGCGCUUCAGUCAAUUGUAUCCUGUAACUCGGUCAGUGACCAUCAUGAGUUCAAAGUCUGCUCCUGGGAUAAUAAUGGCGACAGGUGUACUAGGAUCGAGUUUGAAAGGUCAUCCAGCUCUGUAUGUGUCACGUGAUGCCGGUCUUACAUGGAAACAAGUACUCAAGGACUUCUACUUUUUCAAUAUGGGUGAUCACGGUGGAGUUCUUGUUGCCGUUAAAUACUUCAAAACACGUGGAGAAACCCGAGACAUUUCGUACUCGAUUGAUGAAGGAGCAACAUGGCAAACUUAUCAAUUUAACCAAGAAAUGCUUCGGGUUUAUGGUUUGAUGACUGAGCCUGGUGAGAAUACAACUGUUUUCACGAUGUUUGGAUCUACUUCAGGGUUGCAUAAAUGGCUUAUCAUUAAAGUCGAUCUACGCAAUGCAUUCGAAAAAGAGUGUAAGGAUGACGAUUUUAAAUUUUGGUCACCAGCUAGUUCUAAUCAACCUGGAAUGUCUUGUAUAUUGGGACGUCGAGAAGUUUACAAACGACGUGCUGCAUCUGUUAAAUGUUAUACAGGUGUCGACUAUGACAGGCCAAUAAGCUUUGAAAUUUGUCCAUGUGAUUUUCAAGAUUAUCAGUGUGAUUACGGAUUUAUCAAAAGCGGAAGUCCUGCUCACUGUAUUAAAAAUAAUGCUUUGGUACAUUACGAUCCAUACAAAGUUCCAUCUUUAUGUUUCCCUGGUAAAUUUUACAACAGGACUAAAGGAUACCGUAAAAUUCCGGAUGAUGAUUGUUCCGGAGGUUACGCUAAAAAAUUUGAGCCUGAUGAAAUACCAUGCCCGAUUGUUGAACCACAAGAAUUUCUUCUGGUUGCUCAGCGAGAACACAUCUCUCGUAUUGACAUCAGAUCUCACAGUUUGGAAGUUUUACCGGUUCAUGAUUUGAAAAAUGUCAUUGCUAUUGAAUAUGACGUUAAAAAUAAUUGUUUAUACUGGGCUGAUAUAGUAAAUGAUACUAUUGGAAGACAAUGCUUCAAAGAUGGUACGAGUUAUCCUGAAAUACUUGUUGAGACUGAUUUAAGUUCAGUAGAAGGUAUGGCUUAUGACUGGGUCUCAAAAGUACUUUACUUUGUUGAUGGUGUUAAAAUGCGAAUACAAAUAAUCCGUACGGAUUUGACAAUGGCUGGCAGAAUGCGACGUACUAUUUUGGGAUCUAACAAUUUACAAAAACCACGUGGAAUUGCAGUACAUCCCAUGAUGGGUUACAUGUUUUGGACAGAUUGGGCUCCUGGUAAUGCAUCAGUAUCUCGUGCUAACUUGGAUGGUACUGAUAUUAAACGGCUGUUUACAAAAGGCACUGUAGAAUGGCCAAACGGUAUUUGUAUUGAUUUUAUCGCUGAAAGAAUUUACUGGGUAGACGCACGAGAAGAUUAUAUAGGAUCAUCAGAUUACGAUGGUAAAAGAUUUAAAAAAGUAAUCACCACCGAUGACAGAGUUUCGCAUCCAUUCGCUGUUGCUGUAUUUAAAGAAAAUAUGUAUUGGGAUGACUGGAAACAAUCGAUGAUUUUUGUUGCGGAUAAAGACCACGGUGCUGGUAUAACAACUCCUUUAGGUACACUAUCUGGAUUGAUGGAUUUAAAAAUAUUUGCCCACAGUGUCCAAACUGGAACAAAUAAAUGUGAAAAUAGCACAUGCUCGCAUCUGUGUCUCGGUGCUCCGAAUGAUGGAUUUGUUUGUCUUUGUCCCGACGGUAUGGUAAUGACUGACGGUAAAUGCAUGUGUCCCGGUGGUAUUAAACCAUUUGCUAACUCAACAUGUCCACGUGUUGCUAGCACAUGUGCAUCAAAUCAAUUUGCAUGUGGCAAUGGCGUUUGUAUUUCUGGAUUCUGGAAAUGCGAUGGUGACAACGAUUGCGGUGAUAAUUCUGAUGAAGUUAAUUGUAAAAAAGCAACUUGCAGUCCAAAUAACUUUGAAUGUGAUGACGACAAAUGCAUACCACGAUUCUGGAUGUGUGAUCUCGAUAAAGAUUGCAAUGACGGCAGAGAUGAACUCAAUUGUACUUAUUUGAAUUGCACUGACACGCAAUUUAAAUGUGAUAAUGGUCGUUGUAUUUCUCACAGGUGGCAAUGCGAUGGUGAGGAUGAUUGUCGUGACGGAUCGGACGAGCGACACUGUAACAAGAGUGCCGUACCAAACACAUGCAAAACCGACGAAAUUGCUUGCUCGGAUAACACUUGCGUACCAAAGUCUUGGGAAUGCGACGAUGAAAAUGAUUGUGACGACGGUGCUGAUGAAAAAGAAUGUGUAAGUCGAGGUUGUCAUGAUUGGCAGUUUGCUUGCAAUACAAUAGAAGACGGGCACACAGCUCACAAGUGCAUUUACAAAGCAUGGCUUUGCGAUGGUGAUAGAGAUUGUCACGAUGGAUCUGAUGAAGAUCAUUGCCCAUCACCGCCACCUGAGCCACCUACACCCUCAGCCCUUCCGACAAAUACCUGCAACGAUUGGAUGUUUAAGUGCAAUAACACCAAAUGUGUACCGUAUUGGUGGAAAUGCGACAGCGUUGACGACUGCGGUGACGCAUCUGACGAACUUGGUUGUGGAGUACCACCCGAUGAACCAGAGACACCUUAUAUCACCGAGUCACCAAAACUUCCUCGUAUUUGCAGAGACAAUCAGUUCCAGUGUUACGAUGGCCAGUGUAUUGACGACUCUUGGAUUUGUGAUGGCACUCCAGAUUGUAAAUUGGGCGAAGAUGAGUUGCGUUGUGAUCAUACACGCACAGGUUGCCGUCCUGAUCAGUUUAUGUGUCGAACAGAUGGCAGCUGUAUACCACUGACAAAUAUUUGUAAUGGAGUUCUAGAUUGUCCUGACCGCAGUGAUGAGGCUAGCUGCGAUAUUCAUCAGACAGAGCCACCGACAACUUUCUGCCAAACCGGUUCUUUCCUUUGCGAUGAAAAUAAAUGUAUUCCAUUGGCUUUCUAUUGUGACGGUAAACAUGACUGUGUUGAUGGAUUUGAUGAAUUACACUGUGACAAAAAUAAUUCUCGAGUGUACCAAGUUAUGGUACUUGAAUUCGAUGAGAGAUUGACAAAUGCUACCAGUUUGUAUCUUAACUGGCACAAACCAAUUCCAUCAAACACAACACUUGAAUUUUUACCCUCGUUAGCUAAAGUCGAACCUAACGCCAAGUGGAUAAAUGCUACUGGUUGGAUAAAAGAUAAUAGGUAUCAAUUUAAUAAUCUUGAGCCUUACACACCUUACAAUUUGACUGUUUACGUCAGACAAGAGGGUCAGACUACUGUUUAUCCUCCAUUUAAAUAUUGGAUCAUAAAAACCGAUCAAGGAAUACCAUCAGAGCCUUGGAAUGUCACAGUUGUUCAGAAGAAUGGUACUCGUGUCGAGCUUUCAUGGCGACCACCUCAACAUCCAAAUGGUAUAAUCACUGGGUACGAAGCUUAUGUAACACCACCAAUUCCACCAGCACCGUUCCCUCUACAAAAAACUUCUUACACUUUUGAUCUACCAUUCGAGCCUAACAAGACCUAUUCAUUCUGGGUAAUUGCUAAAAAUCGUAAGUACGAUUCUAAACCUUCAGCAGUUGCAGAAUUGGUGUUUGAUGGCGCUGCUAAUAUCGACGAUAUUCAAUAUCUUAAAGUCAUAGAAACAACAAAUAAUUCUGUUCAUCUGACAUGGGCGGCGUUGAAAGGCGUUGAUGGUUAUCACAUUACACCACGUGCACCUCCACCUUAUCCAUCUUAUCAUACAUUGAAUACAACACAAAAUGACUUUGUUGUUACCAAUUUAUCCCCGGGUACGCCCUAUACUUUUGAAGUAAAUGCGAUGAAAAAAUCUUAUAUUGGUAAAGUUGUUAUGAUAGCGGCUACAACAAAAGACACACCAUUGCCGUCAGUACCCAAUCUUAAUGCAGAAUCGAAAAAACUCGAUGGAACAACUGUUAAACUCAGCUGGGAUCAACCAAAGAGUACAAGAAAAAUAAGAUGGCAGUACGCUAUUCACUAUGCAUUAAAUAUGCAAGAUCUAUUUAAGGACUACAAAAUUUUGACUCCUAAUAAAUCCGCUUCGAUAAAAAAUCUUGAGGCUUGUGAAACAUACAUGUUUGCUGUAGGUGUUCGAGGUAAUGGGUAUGGAGCUGGACCUCUCAGCCAACCUGUACAAGUAGAUACGUAUUAUAAUGUAAAAGCACCACCAAAACAAUUACGCGUUACUCCGGCACCUAAAACAACUGAUUCAAUAAUUGUAUCGUGGAGUGCUAGUUGUAUGAAGAUUGACGAUCCUAUUAUUUACAGGCUUACUGUUACUGAAAUGACACUUAAUGAAAAAUCAACAGUUAUUCUACCACCGACAAAUGAAACUGUGAUAAAACAUACAUUUACAGGUAUCAAGUAUGGUGGUAAAUAUAAAAUAACAGUUGCUUCAAAUGUUACUGAUGCUAUUGAGAGCCAGCCAGUUGUUUAUCAAGCAGCACCACUCACUCCACCUCAUCAAAUUCGUGUAGAGGCUAAAGAUGGGAAAUUUACAGUCAAUUGGGAAGAGCCAAUGAAUUCUGAUAAUAUGAAAAAUGACACAAAGCGUCAUUAUCAAGUACUGGUUAAUGAAAAUACCAGAGCAUUUAAUGAAUCAACAGCCAAAGUAUAUAAUGUCGAUCGACCGCCCUUUAUUUUCACCGAAGCUAAAGUUAAUUCAAUGUAUCUAUUUACUGUCAAAUUGAUUACUGAUAAAGGAUACCAGAGUGGAAUCAGUGAAAUUGUUGGAGUUCAAAUUCCAUUGACUGCAGAUUGGCCUGGAACAAUUAAUACAUCCAGUAUACUUUCAUUUGCUAUACCAAUUUGUUUAUUGGUAAUCGCAUUAGGAGUUGGAUUCGCGUAUUUCUUCGUGAGACACAGGCGGCUGUCUAAUAACUUUACGCUAUUUGCUAACAGUCAUUAUGACACGAGACGAGGUCAAGCUACUUUCCCGGGUACCACAGAUGCUCUAGAUGAAGAAGACAGUCCUGUGAUUCGCGGCUUUUCGGACGACGAGCCUCUGGUAAUAGCAUAA